CGGAAAAGACGCGCCCGCCUUCUGGGUCGCCGGAGCCGGGAAGGGCUGCGGGGCGUCCGGGCGUCCGGGCGUCCGGGUUUGGCGCGCUCGCCGCGGCGUGUCUUUUCGCGGAGUCAGCCGUCCGCCGCACUUGAACGACGCUCCCCGGCCCGAGCUAGCCUCUCUGCCGAACCCUGCACUGGAGGCCCGGGUCCCGCGGCCUGUGCGGGGUUCACGCACCCGGCUGCCGGCGGCCGAUGGGCGGCCCAGAGGGCCGGGCCUGAGCGCGGCCCGAAGCUCAGGGCCCCUGCUGGCGGGAUGGACACCUUGGAAGAGGCAGCGGGGGCCAAUGGCAGAACAGCGUCACCUCCGCCCGUGGCCCCCAACAUCAGCGUGCCCCACCGCUGCCUGCUGCUGCUCUAUGAGGACAUUGGCACCUCCAGGGUCCGGUACUGGGACCUCCUGUUGCUCAUCCCCAACGUGCUCUUCUUCAUCUUCCUCCUCUGGAAGCUUCCGCUGGCCAGGGCCAAGAUCCGCCUCACUUCCAGCCCCAUUUUUAUCACCUUCUACAUCCUGGUGUUCGUGGUGGCGCUGGUGGGCAUCGCCCGGGCCGUGGUAUCUAUGACGGUCAGCAGCUCGGAUGCCGCAACGGUUGCCGACAAGAUCCUGUGGGAGAUCACCCGCUUCUUCCUGUUGGCCAUCGAGCUGAGUGUGGUCAUCCUGGGCCUGGCCUUCGGUCACUUGGAGAGCAAGUCGAGUAUCAAGCGGGUGCUGGCCAUCACCACCGUGCUGUCCCUGGCCUACUCGGUCACCCAGGGGACUCUGGAGAUCCUGUACCCAGACGCCCACCUCUCGGCUGAGGACUUCAACAUCUACGGGCACGGGGGCCGCCAGUUCUGGCUGGUCAGCUCGUGCUGCUUCUUCCUGGUCUACUCCCUGAUAGUCAUCCUGCCCAAGACCCCCUUGAAGGAGCGCAUCUCCCUGCCCUCCAGGAGGAGCUUCUACGUGUACGCGGCCAUCCUGGCGCUGCUCAACCUGCUGCAGGGGCUGGGGAGUGCGCUGCUGUGCGCCAACAUCAUCGAGGGGCUGUGCUGUGUGGACGCCACCACCUUCCUCUACUUCAGCUUCUUCGCGCCGCUCAUCUACGUGGCCUUCCUGCGGGGCUUCUUCGGCUCUGAGCCCAAGAUCCUCUUCUCCUACAAAUGCCAAGUGGACGAGACGGAGGAGCCAGACAUGCACCUGCCCCAGCCCUACGCGGUGGCCCGGCGGGAGGGCCUGGAGGCGCCGGGGGCUGCUGGGGCCUCCGCUGCCGCCUGCUACUCCAGCACCCAGUUCGACUCGGCUGGCGUCGCCUACCUGGAUGACAUCGCCUCUAUGCCCUGCCACACGGGCAGCAUCAACAGCACGGACAGCGAACGCUGGAAGGCCAUCAACGCUUGAGGGGUCUGCCACAG